AUGGCAUAUACACAUCAAGACUCGUCACCAGACUCGACCGACCCAACAACCCUCCCACCACUCCGACUCCCACCAGGUGUCACCUCACGGUUCGUGGAUACCACCCCGCAGAGCCUUGUCUUCCACAUUCUCGAGUCACUUCCCUCAAACCUUCCGCCAUCAGGGCCCAAGCCCCAACUCAUCCUCCUGGUCCACGGAUUCCCCGAACUGGCCUAUUCCUGGCGGAAGAUCCUGCCGCGGCUGUCCUCACAAGGCUACCAUGCCGUUGCCUUCGACCAGCGAGGCUAUGGACGUACCUUCUCGCCCCGUCCUCUCGAAGCCAGUUCAUUCCGCCCGCUGAAUCUGAUCAAGGACACCGUGACGCUUGUCCAGGCACUGGGAUACUCCUCCGUCAGCGCCAUCGUCGGACAUGACUUCGGCGCCGUGACCGCGAGCCUGAGCGCCCUGGCGCGUCCCGACCUAUUCCAAUCACUAGUCAUGAUGUCGCACCCGACCAAAGGCGUCGCCAGCUCCAUCCCCUUCUCCGCCUCCCCUUCCUACGGCGAACCCUCUGCACCUCCGCCUCCCCGCACAGACAUUCAACGCGCCCUCUCCGAACUUCCACGGCCCAGGAAACACUACAAGUGGUACUACUGCACCGCGCCGGCGAACGACGAGAUGACCAACCCAACAGGGCCACCCCUACACGCCUUCCUCCGCGGCUACUUCCACCUGAAGUCCGCCGACUGGGACGGCAACUCGCCGCACGCAUUGACCGGCUGGACCGCGCCCGAACUGGCCAAGAUGCCACGGUAUUACAUCAUGGACCGAGAUGACAGCAUGCGGGAAGCGGUUGCGCGCGACAUGGCCGACGAGAACCCACAGCAGGUCUUGGAACGUGCACAGCGCUGGCUCCCCGACGCCGAGCUGGCCGUCUACGCGGACGAAUGGGGCCGCACCAGCUUCCGUGGCGGCUUGAACUGGUACGGCGUGCAGACGCAGCCGGAGAUCGCGAGCGACGGGAUUGUGUGGGCGGGCGCGAAGAUCAGCGUACCGACCGUCUUUGUCGCUGGCAAGAGCGAUUGGGGCACCUACCAGGAGCCCGGGGCGGUGGAGGCCAUGGAAGAUGGGAAGAGUGUCGGGAACAGCUUCUAUCGCGGCACGGAACUGAUCGAGGGCGCAGGCCACUGGGUCAAUCAGGAACAACCUGAGAAGUGCGUUGAUCUCAUCUUGAAGCUUGCCAGGGAAGCUGAGGGCGCGACUAAGCACAUGCUCUAG